AUGGCGCCCUCCCCUCCAGCAGUCACAGACGGAUCCAAGACAUGGUCCCCGUCGCACCUUUUCUUCGACGACGACGCGGACGACGACAACACAGCAUCUCCGGAGACGUGGGACAGAAUCCACGCGCAUCUGCGAGAAAACGAGUUCCGCGCCGCCAUCACUACGGCCUUUGAACUGCCGGCUGGCGAUAAUUUUACGUACCAUGCCACCGCGUCGGUGAACCUCGCGCAGGCGGAGGCGGCGGUCCGCGCGGGGAGGAAGAAUGGGUUGCAUGCCUGGUACGUCGAGGCUGCGGACACUAGUGGUGCUGGGUCUACCGAUGCCGCCGGCCAGUCUGGUGAUGGCGAUGGCGAUGGCGACGAGAGGACCAUCCCAGGACAGCCAUCGCUACGAAUAUCAGGCUACCCUCCCCCUUCGGACAUCCAGGCAUACAUUUCGAUAUUCGACCCAACAAAGUCCGCGGCCAACAGCCUGAAAUCCCUGGCCGCGAAUGCGAAAAAGGGUUCGCUGCGCGCGGGCGUGGCCGAGUAUCUACUCAAGAAACGACACCUGGAUCCGUCCAUCACGGUCCCGAAAUUUAAACCCCUCCCCACUGCUGGUGGUGGUGGUGGUGGUGGCAAUGCGGCCCAGCAGGAUGGCUCUGAUGGGAAGAAACAGCAGCAGCAGCACGAGAACCCGGCGCUGGAAUUCUGGGCCUAUUCCUGCAUGGCGCUCGAGUUCGCGGGGCCCAAUGUCCACACGGCGCAGGUCAAGAUGUCGCACCACCUCCUGCCCGUGUACAUGCACCACUUUGGCUGCGUGUGCCCGUCGUGGGAGGCGCUGCAGGUCAUUGCGAAACUGGCCGCGUCUAUAACAAAGACUGGUAACGGCGGUAGUGGUGGUAAAGGUGCCGUGCUCGACAUGGGCUCCGGCAACGGGUACUGGACACACCUCCUCCGACGCCUGGGCACCGUGUCCGUCACGGCCGUCGACUCCGGGCAAUCCCGCUGGCGCACGGUGUGGAUCCCCGACACGCAGGUCUCCGACGGCGUCUCCUACCUGCGCAAACGCGCCGGCUGCCCCGACUCGCUCCUCCUGCUCGUCUACCCGAUCGUCGGCGGCGAAUUCACCCGCAAAGUGCUCGACGCGUACGCCGGCGACGUCGUCUGCGUGGCCGGCACGCAGAACGGCAACGGAUACACGGGCUUCAAGGACGUCAUGGUCGACGAGUACAUGGCGAGGGAGAAGCCCCGGUGGGACAAGGUCGCGCAGGUCGCGCUGCCGAGCUUUGCGGGCAAGGAUGAUGCCUUGUUUGCGUUUCGGAGGCGGAGGUAG